CCGGUCGGGGCCGGCUGCUGCUGGGCGCUGCCUUCGCGCUGGGCGGCGGCGCCGGCCUUUACCUGGCGGCGCGGCAGCGCCUGCGGGAGCACUCGGCCGCUGAGCUUCCUGCAGGGAGCCUGCAGCUCACUCUCUACCAGUAUAAAACGUGUCCUUUCUGCAGCAAAGUCCGAGCUUUUCUUGAUUAUCAUGGACUGCCCUAUGAAAUUGUGGAAGUGAACCCGAUCAUGAGGAAAGAGAUCAAAUUCUCUUCCUACAGAAAGGUGCCUAUCCUGCUAGCCAAUGCUGGAAGCCCUCUGCAAUUGAAUGACUCAUCGGUGAUCAUCAGUGCAAUAAAGACCUAUCUCAUUUCCAAGAGGAAUAGCUUAGAAGAGAUCGUGUCCUUUUAUCCUCCUAUGAAAACUGUCACCGAGCAAGGCAAGGAGGUAUUUGAGUAUGGGAAUAAGUACUGGCUCAUGCUGGAUGAGAAGGAGACGAAGCGAGUUUAUCCUGUCAAAGAAGUGAGAGUGGAAGAAAUGAAGUGGAGAAAAUGGGCAGACGAUUGGCUUGUUCACCUCAUCUCCCCCAACGUUUACCGGACCCCCAGAGAAGCCUUGGCAUCUUUUGAUUACAUCGUCCGCGAGGGGAAGUUUGGCACCGUGGAAGGUUUCUUUGCCAAGUACAUGGGGGCUGUUGCCAUGUUCUUCGUUAGCAAGAGGCUGAAGAAAAGACAUCACCUUCAAGAUAAUGUCCGAGAAGACUUGUAUGAAGCAGUUAAUGAGUGGGUAAAAGCUGUUGGCAAACAUCGACUGUUCAUGGGUGGAAACCAGCCAAACCUUGCUGACUUGGCAGUGUAUGGGGUCCUCCGAGUCAUGGAGGGGCUGGAAGCCUUUGACGACAUGAUGGUUCACACCAAGAUUCAGCCCUGGUACCAGCGUAUGGAAGAAGUCAUUCAAAAAGCUGCAGUCUGAUGCCAGCUGCAGCUGCCUUCCUGAAGCACUUGCAUGGUAAAAAAAAAACAAACCUUCCGAAGGAAUGGCAUUUAUUUUUUAAGAAUCGAAUGGACUGGUCACGCCUAAUGGACUGAGUUGCAGGCACAGAGACUUGUCCUGUUCAGAAUAUCGUCACAGUGAGCAGAAGGGAUCCACCGUGUGUGUGUGUGUUUGAACAUGGUAUUUAGAAGGACGGGUACAGGGUAAAAGGAACGGAUCUUGGAUGCUGCUGGAAAGGAGAAGCUCUGAACUGAAGAAUACAGCAAAUAGGCUUCUUUCAGGGGAGAGCUGUUCUCAGAGCAGGUCACUUUAAAAGCAAGUGGCUCUCGGCUAGGAAGUGUUACAGCCGUGUCAGGUCUGAGCAGCUUUGGCUUCAAGCUGUCUUCCACUACUCAUCCGUGUCACCUGAAGUGUUUUCCCGACUGAAACACUGGAUACUAGUUUUUAAAUGACAAUUUUUCCUGCAAUAGAAUCCUGCAAACCCAGUGCUGAGGGAACUGGAGGAAUCCACGGCGCUGGGAAAGGCCUCCUUCCUGUGACAGAAAUGAUGCUGUACUCGGCAGAUUGUACGCUUUUAUUCUUCCAUGUAAACGGUUCUUUCAGUACUUGAUUCUGUACGGUCUGCAAGGAUAAAGGCUUGCUUCUUCCUGUG